AUGGCUUUGAGAAAUCUGUUCACCGAGUCAACCCUUGCGACAUAUAUCAAACAAGUCCGCGCAGCCCCCAGGCAGCUAGUAUGGAACAGACACUUGCUCUUGUCGACGCUCUGCUAUGCCACGGCAUCGAUGCCCUUAACGUGGGAUCAAGGCUCAUCCGGCACAAUUCCAAUCCUGCCCGGGUUCCAGGAGCACUUCGGCUUUGGGAACAGUAACGCCGGCGAGCUGCGUUACUUCGUUUCCAUUCCAUUCGCCGGUGCUGGAGUCGGCGCUCUACUGUCCCUCUUCGUUAAUGAUCGUAUUGGGAGAUUAUGGUCAUGGCGCUUGUACACUGCUAUCUGGAUAAUUGGACAGCUGGUAAUGUGCUUCACCCCUACCCUUGCAGGCCUCUGGGUAGCCAGAGUCAUCUGUGGUCUAGGGAUUGGGCCAUUAACUGUCGUCGGCACGAUGUCCAUUGUUGAGAUAGCACCUACUGAAAUCCGAGGGCUGCUGGCGGUCUGGUUCAGUGUGCUAAUGUGUAUAUCCGGAGUGGUAUCCAUUUUUACAGUAUUAGGAGCCUUUGUCCACAUCCCCACCAGCCGGUUGCAGUACCAGGUUGUAUGGUUCGCGCCAUGCGUCUUCUUUGCCCUUCUCAUCGGAGCCAGCUUUCUCCUAUGUGAAUCGCCGCGCUGGCUAUGGCUAGUUGGCCGCCAUGAUGAGGCAGUAGAGACACUGGUCCAGCUACGCGGAUUACCGGCCGACCAUCCCCGAGUCGCUUCAGAGCUGGAGGAGAUCAAGAAUGCAAUUGACCGAGAAACUACUCACUACGAGGCCGGUACUUCGCGAUUACUCGGCAACGUCAAAGAGACCUUUACCGUCCGCUCGAAUCUGCGACGCGUACAGCAGACUCUGAUGUCGUAUGCCCUGGCUCAGAUAUCUGGUGCGAAUUCGAUUACAUCCUACUUCAUCCCCAUUCUGAAUCUUCUUGGUGAGGCGGGAGGGACGACUCAUAGCCUCUUUAUGAGUGGCAUGUAUAGCACGUCGAAGGUUUUCUUUACGUUGAUUGCCUCGCUGUUUCUCAUUGAUGCGCUUGGUAGGCGGGGAUCGCUGUUCCUAGGCGCAUUUCUGCAGAUGGUCUCGGAUAUAUACCUCGCUGUAUACCUCAAGUAUGAACAAGCAGGAAACGUUAAUAUGACCAUGUCUGAGGCGGCCAUUGGGAUGUUAUUCAUGCAUGCCCUCGGAUACGGAAUCGGACUAUUUGUCCUCCCAUAUGUCUUCGGGGGCGAGCUCUGGCCAAAUCGUAUUCGAUCAUUCGGGGGUGCUAUCAGUCAAAGCUUCCAUUGGCUGUUCUUCUUUGCCAUGAACUUCGCCCUGCCGUCUCUCCUAACAGCCACGAACAACUGGGGCGCCUUUCUAUUUUUCGCCGCGUGCUGCCUCAUUGCCAUAUUCUACGUGUUCUUCAUGGUCCCUGAGACUUCGGGACUGGGUGUUGAAGAAUUAGAUGCCCUCUUUGAGGGAUCGUGGUUUAAUGCGUACAAGUACACCAGGAAGCGCAAUCACCGCUUGUUGUUGGAAGGGACUGACGUUGAGCGAUAUGAUCAGGAGUAA